AUGGGUCCUCUUACUCUGGCACUCAAUUCCGAUAGCUUUCCCGGCGCUUCUCCUUCUUCUUCAGAUGCUUGUGGCAAGAAAUUUCUGAAUUUGCCUAUGGUAAAGCGGAAGGCUUUUGCAUCGGUCAGCAUGCAGGAUGAUAAGCCAUUUGACUUCUUACGUACUUUAUUUGAGGGUGUUAUAGCAGGAGGCACUGCUGGUGUUGUUGUUGAAACUGCUUUAUAUCCCAUUGAUACUAUAAAGACAAGGUUGCAGGCAGCUCGUGGUGGAGGGAAAAUAGUCUUGAAGGGACUUUAUUCUGGAUUGGCCGGAAAUAUUGCUGGUGUAUUACCGGCUUCUGCAAUUUUUGUUGGAGUAUAUGAACCUACGAAGCAGAAAUUGUUAAAGAUGUUUCCUGAAAAUCUAAGUGCUUUAGCUCAUUUCACUGCGGGGGCAUGUGGAGGCAUUGCUGCUUCACUCAUUCGUGUUCCAACAGAGGUUGUAAAGCAAAGGAUGCAAACGGGGCAAUUCACAUCCGCCUCUGCUGCUGUUCGCCUUAUUGCUGCUAAGGAGGGCUUCAAGGGACUCUAUGCGGGAUAUGGAUCAUUUUUAUUGCGAGAUUUGCCAUUUGAUGCAAUUCAAUUUUGUCUAUAUGAGCAGCUUCGGAUAGGUUAUAAAGUCGCGGCAAAGAGAGAGCUCAACGAUCCUGAGAAUGCUGUAAUUGGAGCAUUUGCAGGUGCAUUAACUGGAGCUAUAACCACGCCCCUUGAUGUGAUUAAAACUAGACUAAUGGUACAGGGAUCUGCCAACCAGUACAAAGGAAUUCUUGACUGUGUUCAGACUAUUGUGAGGGAAGAAGGACCUCCUGCUCUUUUGAAGGGUAUUGGACCAAGAGUGCUGUGGAUAGGGAUUGGUGGUUCAAUCUUUUUUGGUGUUCUCGAGAGAACAAAGCGCUUACUUGCUCAGAGUCGACCAAAAGUUGGUGAAGAUACGAAGCAGGAUUAA